CACCUCUCAUUUCUAUUCAAACUCUAUCUACCUAAUAUCUAACCUUCCUCUCAACCAAGCAACCAGAACUCACAAACACAACCAAACCAACAAAGCACAAGCUCUAGCAAUCAACCAAAAAGAUGGCUUCUGUUUCAAUGGCAAUGCCACUAACAACUGCAAGCCACAAGACCCUUCAAGCACCAGCUUCUGGUCCCUUCUUGAACCCACUAAAACUGUCCAAAAAGACUGUGUCUGUCACCUCAAACUCCAAAGCUAAGCUUCAAGUCCAAGCUUCUCUCAAGGAGCAGGCAAUCACAGGGCUAACUGCAGCAGCAUUGACAGCUUCAAUGGUGAUGCCAGAGGCUGCUUCAGCUGCUUCCACUCUCACCCCUUCUCUCAAUAACUUCUUGCUCAGCAUUGGUGCAGGUGGUGUGGUGCUCCUUGCCAUUCUUGGAGCUAUUAUUGGUGUCUCCAACUUUGAUCCUGUCAAGAGGGCUUGAUCUGCAGUUAUGUCUUGUGUGAAAUUUUAUCUCAUAUCGUAGUACUUCUUAUAGAUGAUUAUCUAAAACUACUCUAUUGUGUUAACUACAUGUGUGAUCUAUAAAACUUCUAAAUGUUUUAAUUCUCAAA